GCGGAGCCUGGACUGCUCCUCCUUCUCUCCGCCCCCCCGGCCGCCGGCGCGGGGACGUCAGCGCUGCCAACGUGGAGACGGCGGCGGCGGGGCACAGGAGGCGGAAGUGGCGCCUGGGACUGCGCGCCUCCCUCGGGCUGCGCCGGCCGCCUCGACCAUGGACGUGUCCUCGGAUCAGAUAGCAGAUCCUACGUUAGCUGAAAUGGGAAAAAACUUGAAGGAAGCUAUGAAGAUGCUAGAGGACAGUCAGAGAACAGAGGAGGAAAAUGGAAAAAAACUAUCAGGGGAUAUUCCAGGGCCACUCCAAGGCAGAAUCCAGAAUAUUGGAGAACAAGGUCAUAUAGCUCUUUUGGGGCAUAGUCUGGGAGCUUAUAUUUCAACUCUGGACAAAGAGAGGCUGAGAAAACUUACAACUAGGAUAUUUUCAGACACUACCUUAUGGCUGUGCAGAAUUUUCAGGUAUGAAAAUGGCUGUGCUUAUUUCCAUGAAGAUGAAAGAGAAGGACUUGCAAAGAUCUGUAGACUUGCCAUUCAUUCUCGUUAUGAAGACUUUGUGGUGGAUGGGUUCAAUGUGUUGUAUAACAAGAAACCUGUCAUAUAUCUUAGUGCUGCUGCUAGGCCUGGCCUGGCCCAGUAUCUUUGUAAUCAGCUUGGCUUACCCUUCCCCUGCUUGUCUCGUGUGCCCUGUAACACUAUGUUUGGAUCCCAGCAUCAGAUGGAUAUUGCCCUCCUGGAAAAACUGAUUAAAGAUGAUAUUGAACGAGGAAAACUGCCCCUGUUGCUUGUUGCAAAUGCUGGAACUGCAGCGGUAGGACACACAGAUAAGAUUGGGCGUUUGAAAGAACUCUGUGAGCAGUAUGGCAUAUGGCUCCAUGUGGAGGGUGUGAAUCUAGCAACAUUGGCUCUGGGUUAUGUCUCCUCGUCAGUGCUGGCUGCAACCAAAUGUGAUAGCAUGACAUUGACUCCAGGGCCAUGGCUGGGUUUGCCAGCAGUUCCUGCAGUUACUCUUUAUAAACAUGAUGAUCCUGCCUUGACUUUAGUUGCCGGUCUCACAUCAAAUAAACCAGCAGACAAACUUCGUGCCCUGCCACUGUGGUUGUCUUUACAGUACUUGGGUCUUGAUGGGAUUGUGGAGAGGAUUAAGCAUGCCUGCCAACUGAGUCAACGGUUGCAAGAAAGUUUGAAGAAAGUGAAUCACAUCAAAAUUUUGGUGGAAGAUGAGCUCAGUUCUCCAGUAGUAGUGUUUAGGUUUUUCCAGGAAUUACCGGGCUCAGAUCCAGCGCUUAAAGCUGUCCCAGCACCCAACAUGGCCCCUUCAACAGUUGGCCGGGAGGGACACUCCUGUGAUGCACUGAAUCGCUGGCUGGGAGAAGAGCUGAAACAGCUGGUGCCUGUGAGUGGCCUCACGGUCAUGGAUCUGGAAGCAGAGGGAGUGUGUGUGAGGUUCAGCCCUUUGAUGACAGCGGCAGUUUUAGGAACUCGGGGAGAGGACGUGGACCAGCUGGUAGCCUGCAUAGAAGGCAAGCUGCCGGUCAUGACCUGUACACUACAGCUGCGAGAGGAGUUCAAGCAAGAAGUGACAAGAACAGCAGGCGUCUUGCAUGUUGAUGACCCUAACUGGCCUGGAAUAGGGGUUGUCAGGUAUGAACAUGCUAAUGACGAUAAGAACAGUUUGAAAUUAGAUCCAGAAGGGGAAAAAAUCCAUGCUGGACUCCUGAAAAAGUUAAACGAACUAGAAUCUGACCUUACAUUUAAAAUGGGCCCUGAGUAUAAAAGUAUGAAGAGCUGUAUUUACAUUGGCAUGGCGAGUGACGAAGUAGAUGUUUCCGAACUCGUGGAGACCAUUGCAGUCACAGCCCGAGAAAUUGAGGAAAACUCAAGGCUUCUGGAAAACAUGACAGAAGUGGUUCGGAAAGGAAUUCAGGAAGCUCAGGUUCAACUGCAGAAGGCCAAUGAGGAGCGCCUUCUGGAAGAGGGGGUGUUAAGGCAGAUCCCUGUAGUAGGAUCCGUGCUGAAUUGGUUUUCUCCGGUCCAGCCUUCACAGAAGGGAAGAACUUUUAACUUAACAGCAGGCUCUCUGGAGUCCACAGAACACACGUAUGUCUACAAAGUACAAGAUACAGGAGUAACACCGCCUCAGACCCCCACAGGCUCUCGAACUAAACUCAGACUUCCAGGCCAGAAGCCUUUUAAAAAGUCGCUAAGAGGCUCAGAUGCUCUGAGUGAGACAAGCUCAGUCAGUCACACUGAAGAUUUAGAGAAAAUGGAGCACCUGUCCAGUGGGCAGGAACAGGAGGCCCUGGAGGCUAACAGCCCUGAGCCACAGCCAGGGGCUCCUGCCCCUCAGGAAGCCGAGCAGACUGGAACCUUCCAGAACAUUGCCCAGGGCCCAGAAGAUGACCGCCCACAGGUAGAAGAACCGGAAAACUUAAGAUAAAAUUCAGUGUUUGGUUUGAGACUGUACUGCAUAUUGUGUCAUGGAAGAUAAAGUUAUACUGAAAAUGUGAACUGUGCCACAUGCUAAUACAAGAGAAAUUACUGUUAUUUGUGCUUUAACUGGCUUUUUGCACAUGUAUGUGCAAAAAAAUCAGGGUAACUGAUUUGUCUAAUUUAAUGGGUACAGAGAACUGUUGUUUCUGUCUAUCCAACUGUAGUAAUAAUUUUCCCCCGAGUUACUGUAAACACUUUUUAUUCACAAAGAACACUCAGAAUGUCAAGUGUCUGUCACUUGAAACACAUGCUUUUAUCUUGUAAACAUAAAUUAUUAGUUACACAGAACUUCCUGGUAAGACAGCUUUCUUUAGACCUCUCUGGGUCCUCUGCUGUGCCACUGCAGAGAAAGACAGACAACCUUCCUUUACAGCUGCAUCGUGCUGGCUUGAAGGAGAAUGGGUUCCAAUGGAAUUGUAAAUAAGAGUGUCAGAAGCCCUCUCUGCCAUCCCCAACUGCUGCUUUCCUUGGAGACAUCAGUACGGACCGUGUCCACUCAAACUGUGGCAGGCUAUCGAGCAAGUUGACUGGGCAGUGCUUCUGUCUGUGACUUUCCUCUGCCACGAAUCCAUUCCUCCCUUUAUAUACUAUUUCUAAACUAACUAAGUGACUCCUCUAUUAAGAGAAACUGUAAAGACUCUUCUUGACCAUAUAUAUGUAUAUUUUUAAAUAUUGGUAAAGCUUUUAAAUUGGCACAAGAGAAUAGACUGUGCUCAUUUCUAUGUUUAAUAUCUGAAAACCUAAUAGAUGCUACUCCUAAAAGCCUAAUAUUAAACAUGCUGUGUAGCACCCAGUUAAAUUUGAAUUCUAAAAUAAGUAUACUUUGACCUGUUUUACCCGGGAGCUUCCAUAGGUUUGUUCCACUGCAGCUCACCCCUUUAGGCCCAACACACAAAUAAGAAAGAGAAAAGUAGCCUUUCUCAGGCUGACCAAGCCAGACUGCUGCUGAAUGACUGGUUAGCCCUUCCAUGCCUGCCGUCUGCUUUUCCAGAGGGCAGCUCCCCUUCAGCACCAGAGGCAAUGGCCCGUCCUUACAGUCAGCAGUCAGGCUUGAGGCACGGUGGGAAUUGACACUGGGUUUGUGGACUGUAGUAUUGGAAGCCUUAGUUAUACCAUAGUAAGCCUAUAAUUACUCUGAUUUGAUGUGAUUUCUGACAUCUGGCAUUUGUCAAAAUGCAAUUUUCCUUUUUCUUUUUGUGUGUGUGUGCAGAUGAUUAAACGAAGUCUUCCUGUUUAUUUGGUGCAAUGAAGUAUAGCAGAUAAAAUGGGGGAAGGGGAAAUUAUCACCUUUAACAAGAUUAAUUUUUAAAUGUUUUUAUAUAUAUUUGGAAUUGUUAAAUUGGUUUUGCUGAACAGAAUUUCACCCUUAAGAUACUAUUUGGAUGUUGGUUUCAAUAAAAGUUCCUGAAAUUGUU